UAGCGGAUUAUUAGCAGUCCUAAGAAUAAGUUGAUAGUUAGACGUUCAUUAAUUUUCUAUUAUCGAGGAAACAUGGUUAAAUACGUUAUCAGUGCUUCCCUUGCGGUUUGUUUGGUGGCUGUCAUCAAUGCAGGCGAAAUACCCCCCGAGUUCAAGGAGAUCGCACCCGAGGUGCGAAGAGUCUGUUUAGAAGAAACUGGCGCUAAAGUUGAGUGGAUUGAGAAAGCGAACAAGGGGGAAUUCACUGACGAUCCGAAAUUCAAAUGCUACUUGAAGUGUACCGUCGCCCAAUUCGGUGCAGUUUCGAGAAAAGGAGUCAACUUUGAUGCCCUAGCUAAACUGGCACCACCUGCUUACAAAGAAAAACUUGAGAAAAUUAUCGCCGUUUGUAAAGACACGAAGGGAACUAUCCCCGGAGACGUAUGUGACCAGGUGUACGAGUCUAGCAAAUGCUUCCAGCGAACAUCUCCAGACGAUUACUUCGUUAUGUAAAUUCGUGCGUAAUGGAACGUAACCCUGCCGCUAAUCGAGAAUAAUUGAGACAUUGGAUCGAAAGGAUGAAAAGUUUAAGUGGAAGUUGAAGGGGGGAAACCAUUGACUUUGAUCUCCAUAAUGAUGUGUUUGUAAUUUUUUGAGCAAAAUAAAGCAAUUGCAGAGAUAA